AUGGAACCGAAAAAUUUUGGGCUGUCGCGAGUCUUCGUGUGUUGCGCGAAUGUCAUCUUCUUGAUAUCGGGUUUCGCACUGAUGUCGUUGGGGGCAUUGUUAUUAGCCGAUGAUGAACGGAUUCUGCUGUCGCGUUUGUUGGGACCAGGCGACAUUCACCCCGAACAACCACUCUUCUAUUAUCUGGCCUUCGCAGUCGUUGGACUAGGAUUUUUAAUCACGCUCACGGGGAUGCUCGGGUGCUGGGCGACUUGUCUCUACAAUCGAUGCGUGACUAUCUCUUAUCUGAUCACGAUAGUCCUGCUACUGAUCGGUGAAUGCACCGUUUGCGUUCUUGCCGUCUUUUGGCCGCACGUUCUCGGUAUCGAUGUAAGGCCAGCGCGAUUGGUACGAGCCCUGCAACGCAGCUACGCCGUUCCCGGCCGAGAACAAUUCACGGCAGCCCUUGAUCUUGCACAGACCACGUUUGCUUGUUGCGGCAUAAACGGAAGCAGCAAUUACGGCACCUCCUGGUGGCGGCUGCAGGAAGUCGGACGAAGAGAAUUAGUUGUCCCUCUCAGUUGCUGCACCCUGGCCAACGCGAACGAAACCGACUCUUUCCUCAACCCCGAGCCUGCCAAUCUUACUCUCUGCCAAGCUUUGAACCCCGCCGAACAUCAACACGCCCGGCACAUCACGGGCUGUUUGGAGAUGCUCGAGAAAUGGACGCAAGACCAAGCGCUGAUACUCCUGACCGUCGGGCUGGCUGUGAUUUUCGUGGAAGUGGGCGCGCUGUUGAGCACAUUCUUCGCUUGUUCGCGAGGUAAUAACAGGACGAAGUCUCAAGCGUCGACGUUUACAUCCACGCAAACUCUGAGUCCCUUCAGCGAGAGCGAUCACGAUUUCGGCAUGGGGAUCGAGAAUCGAAUGCACGCGUCCGGAACGACGUUCGGCGCUAAAUCUUGA